CUGACCGGAUAGGAAAACUUUCUGCCUGCCUUCGUUUUUCUCUCUGUCUGACAACUGGAGUUUGACAUCUUGAGUCGGUUUUGUUAGUGUUAAAGCGGUUUAUUUUGAGUUAUGAAGUGAUCGGUUGAGUUUCUCUGGGGUUUGACCGAAGCUAACGUUAGUCAUGGGGAACCGCGGGAUGGAGGACUUGAUUCCCCUGAUUAAUAAACUGCAGGACGCCUUCAGCUCCAUCGGCCAGAGCUGUAACCUGGAGCUGCCGCAGAUCGCGGUGGUGGGCGGCCAGAGCGCCGGGAAGAGCUCGGUGCUGGAGAACUUCGUGGGCAGAGACUUUCUCCCGCGGGGAUCCGGCAUCGUCACUCGCAGGCCUCUGAUUCUCCAGCUAGUCAACAGUAAAGCAGAGUACGCCGAGUUCCUGCACUGUAAGAGCCGUAAGUUCGUGGACUUUGACGAGGUUCGGCUGGAGAUCGAGGCCGAGACGGAGCGAAUCACCGGAUCCAAUAAGGGAAUCUCUGCGGUGCCCAUCAACCUGCGCGUUUACUCGCCGAACGUGCUGAAUCUGACGCUGAUCGAUCUCCCCGGCAUGACGAAGGUGGCGGUGGGAGACCAGCCGACGGACAUCGAGUUCCAGAUCCGAGACAUGCUGCUGCAGUUCAUCUCCAGAGAGAACUGCCUGAUCCUGGCCGUCACGCCGGCCAACACCGACCUCGCCAACUCUGACGCGCUGAAGAUCAGCAAAGAGGUCGAUCCCCAGGGUCUCCGCACCAUCGGCGUGAUGACCAAACUGGACCUGAUGGAUGAAGGAACGGACGCCAGAGACAUCCUGGAGAACAAGCUUCUGCCGCUGCGCAGAGGUGCGCACGCAUGGCCUCAUGGGAAACCACACUAA